AUUAAAAUUGCUGAAACUUACCUGGCUAGUGCCUAUCUCACUCAUUCACUCUCCACUCUUAAUCCAACAUUUCAUUCCCUUUUCCCCACACAAUUUACCCAAAAACACGUUCUCAUCUGUAAAAAUUUUCUUCUUAUUCUCUAUUUUUUUUUCAACAUGCUUUGACGCAUUGCAGACGAAGCCGCAACGUUGCGGACAUAGCAGCUCUUCGUUGCAAACUGCAAUUCGUACCACGCUUGGAUUGAAGCAGUGAGAAGAGAAUCUACCAUGGAACCAACCUGUGCUGCUCGUGCCAUGGAAUGGAGCAUUCAGCUCGAAAUGGGUCUCCGUUCUACCAAACCUGGUGUUCCUAUCAAAGCCAUAUUGGAAAUGGAGCCUCGCCUUCGGCAAUGGAGUAGAGAGCCUGAAUCUGGCGUUGCUCCCUGUGCCAUGUUUGGACUUGUUCCAGGUGAAGAUAAGUUAUUUGCCAAUACCAUUCUCUUGCGCCUUGCUGAAGCCUUUAGGGGAGGUGACAUAGAGACUAGACUUUCAGUUGUUAGGGUUUUCUUGUCUGAAAGGAAACACCGUGAUAAGAAGAGAAAAGGGUUGCUGUCAGAGGCCAGAGUAGCCAAUCACUUGGAAUUGUUGAAGAGAGUGAAAUCUGUUUUUGAUAGUGGGGAUUUGAAUUCAAGGGCACUUGCUUUGGUUCUGUUUGGUUGUUGGGCUGAUUUUGUUAAAGACAAUGCUCAGAUACGAUACUUGAUAUUUUCCAGCCUUGUUUCUUCUCAUGAUUGCGAGGUGAAAGCAUCUUUGUAUGCUACUGGAUGCUUUUGUGAGAUUUCAGAUGAUUUUGCAUCUAUUUCAGUGGAGAUGCUAUUUAAUAUAAUGAAUUCAUCUUCAGUGUCUUUGCCUGUAAAAUUGGUUGCAGCUCGAGUUUUGGCAAAAUGCAAGUCCUCUUAUUCUGUUGCACACAAAGCAUAUAAGACAGGUAUAGAGUUGGUGCUAAAUUCCUCAGAUGAAGUUUUUUUGGUUGCUAUGCUAUUCUCACUCACAAAACUGGCUUGCAUUUUAAUGUCUUUUACCUCGUAUCAGGUGGACUUUCUUCUUUCAUUUCUCAAUAGAGAAAGAACUUCACAUGUACAAGAAACAGUGAUAAGAUGCUUGCACUAUUUAUUUGGAAAAGGACUGUGUGAGCACCUUGAUAAUUCAGGUCUAAUCCAUGGGUUAUUUUCCAUAAUGGGGGAACCUGAAAAUUCAUUGGUCAUGCAAUAUAAAGCUCUAGAGGUUUUACACAAGGUCUUUGUUUCUAUUCUGCCUUCUAUGCUUCAGAUGGAACCUCAUGAAUUUGUUAAGCUUCUAAAUGUUGUUGAGAACACAAGUCAAUAUCCAACUUCAAGGAAGAGCUGUUUGGCCAUUCGUAUUCUGGCAGAUUUGUGCUGUAGGAUGGAGGAGAGAGCAGAUAUGGACAAUGCUGUUUUCUGUUCUUCUUCUUUGCCAUCACGAGUUAUCUCCCUAAUCAAAGAUCAUAUCAAACUUUUGGUGAGGCCAUUGUUAGAAGGUUGUCAAAAUGAUUUGAAAACUUGUCAAGAUUUCCUGGGGCUACUAAAGAUUCUUCUAACUAUUGUUGAAAGACAUCCUUAUUUAGGUUCCUUGGGACUUGAUAGCAUAAAAGUUGUGAUUGAAUCUCUUGUGACUGUUGCAUCUACUGAUCAUGCGGUACCACCCUCUACCUCUCUUGUGUCUGUAAAUUUUAAAGAAGACAAGCAAAAUUCCUUUAUUUUAAAACUUCUUCACAAAACUUAUAGAUUUCUAGUUAUCUUCCUUGAAAAUCUUUAUAUAGCCAGUGCUAUCAAUACUGACGUGUUGAGUAAAGUGAAUAUUUUGGCUGAACUUGUGUGCCAGUGUAGUUUAAUUGAUUGCUAUACAUACACACUGUACCGUCUACUAUUGCACAGUCAUCCUAUUUGUGAUGGCUUGGUACUUGAGAAUAAUGAAACACAUCCAGCUAGUUGUAUUAUUAAAUGCACCACAUUUGUAGACAAAGUCUUGACAGGAACAAAUGGUUGGAUUGCUUAUAAGGUCGGUGCACAUGCAGCAUGUCAAGGUGAGUGGCUGCUAGCUACGAAUAUAUUCAGGAUAUUAAUAAAGAAAGUGAAGUCUGAUUCUUGCUGUAGCUGGUUAAAAGUAUUAUUCCAAUAUGCUCAUUCUGAAGGAAAAUUUCAGCUUCUUAGUCUACCAAAACAGGGAACCACCUCAAUGGAAUUGAUGGAGACUAUCAAAUUUCCUUUAACAUCUUGUGAUUACAUGCAUGAUAAAUGUGCAAGACUUGCUGGAAAUAUCAAUGGUUGUAAUUACUAUGAUGAACUUAGUCAGUCUCAUGUGGCAGUUUCCUCUUCCUUGAAAAUUUUAGAAGCAUCUGCAACAAGUUCUCAAACAUUUUGUUUCCAGAGGAUAGCUUAUCUUAGUGAGUGUUGCUAA